AUGAAUAUUAAAAUAGUAUAUAACUCCAAAACCCACAAAAUAGCCCCUAAACUUCAAACACUUGAAGACAUCAAAAAAGCAAUAUUAAUCCUAUAUCCAAAGCAAUUAGCAGACGGAUUGGAAUUAUAUGUAACAUUGCAUCCCGAAAUGGAUCCUUUUAAAAUUUUAGAUGAUUCAUGCUUUUUAAGAAUUCAAGAAUUAUAUCAUUAAUUGAACUGGAAGUCAAUCAAAUUUUUAGUUAAGGAUUUAAUAAAUCCUGAUCUAACAAAUGAAGAUUUAUAGAUACUAAAUUAGAGUGUCAUUGUUCAAUCAACUGUAUAAUUAUCUACAUUCAAUAAUAUCUUGUAAUAAAAACCACAACCUAAACAAGAAGUUAUAGAAAUUAAGAAAUAAAUCCUUAAUAGUAUUUUCUAUUCUAUUAUAAAAAUUAGAAUUAUCAAUGAAUUACAGAAAUAGGAAGUUUAAGAAUUGGAUUAUGAAUCAGAGGAAUUUAAAAAAUUUAUCAUUGAUCAAAUUGAUGAAAGAUUAAAGUAUUAUGGAAUAAUUGAGAAUUAGAAUAAACCCAAAGUACCAGAAUAUUAAAUGUAAUUAUAAACUAGAAACCUUAAAAUAACAAAAUUUGUAAAUGAACAAUUUUUGUUCUAAGUUUAAGUAAUGAAUACUGGCACAGCCAUUUGGAAAAGAAGGGAUGUAGAACUUAUAGGACUUAGCGGAUACUAUAAAAAUAUUUCGGUUAAUUUAUAUGAAGAUACUGCUCCAGGAUAAAUAGCUACAUUUAAAUGCAAUGCUUUUUCACCUUCACAGCCAAUUUAGAAUAUGAAAAAUGAAUUUUAAGUAAUGUUAUACAGAUUAUCAGAAUAGCUAGCUUAUAAUGAUGGAAAUUAACGUAGGUUCUUUGGUGAAAUAAUAUUAGUCGAAGUCACAUCCCUAUAAAAUGUUGUAAUUUAGCCAAAUGAGAAGAAUGUCGAUUAGAAGAAGGUAUAGUAGCUGAUGGAAAAUGCAUAAAUUUCAAGAGUCAAAGCAAUUGAAUUUAUUCAGUUUUAUGGGGUAGAUUCUGGAAUAGAUGAAAUUAUUAUGGCUUAUUUUGAUUAACUUUAAUGA